UACGGCACGGCGGAGGUGGCAAGAUGGCCGCGGCUGAGGAGGAAGGUGGUGUUGGGGCUGAAGCCGACCGAGAAUUGGAAGAGCUUCUAGAAAGUGCACUUGAUGAUUUCGAUAAGGCCAAACCCUCUCCAGCACCCCCUCCUACCACCACGGGCCCUGAUGCUUCGGGUUCCCAGAAGAGAUCGCCGGGAGACACUGCCAAAGAUGCCCUCUUCGCCUCCCAAGAGAAAUUUUUCCAGGAACUGUUUGACAGCGAGCUGGCUUCCCAAGCCACUGCAGAGUUCGAGAAAGCAAUGAAGGAGUUGGCUGAGGAAGAGCCCCACCUGGUAGAGCAGUUCCAAAAGCUCUCAGAGGCUGCUGGGAGAGUAGGCAGUGAUGCGACUUCCCAACAAGAAUUCACUUCUUGCCUAAAGGAGACAUUAAGUGGACUAGCCAAGAAUGCCACUGACCUUCAGAACUCUGGCAUGUCAGAAGAGGAGCUGACCAAGGCCAUGGAAGGGCUGGGCAUGGACGAAGGAGACGGGGAAGGGACCAUCCUCCCCAUCAUGCAGAGUAUCAUGCAGAACCUCCUGUCCAAGGAUGUGCUGUACCCGUCACUGAAGGAGAUCACAGAAAAGUAUCCAGAAUGGUUGCAGACUCACCGAGAAUCUCUACCUCCAGAGCAGUUUGAAAAAUAUCAGGAACAACACAGUGUCAUGGGCAAAAUAUGUGAGCAGUUUGAGGCAGAAACCCCCACAGAUAGUGAGGCCACUCAAAAGGCUCGUUUUGAGGUGGUGCUGGAUCUCAUGCAGCAGCUACAGGAUUUGGGCCAUCCUCCAAAAGAGCUUGCUGGGGAGAUGGAAGAGUUAUCUGAGUCCCUUCAUCUCUUCUCCAGCCUCCUGGCCUCAACUUUGACCUGGAUGCCCUCAAUCUCUCGGGCCCACCAGGUGCCAAUGGCGAACAGUGUCUGAUCAUGUGAAACACAACAUGCUUUCUUCCCUGAUUCCCAGCCAUGGGGGAACGUCUGGAGUCAGCAGAACCACUGGGAGCUGAGGCAGGAGUGUCGUCUACAGGAGUGGUCUGCCCACUGCCAUCCGUCAUCCCACCCAAGAUUGUGCCAUACCAGCUGAGGCUUUUUCUCUGUCCUUCUAGGAAUAAGGCGUGUUCUGCAGAUCAUUUCUGUGAACCCUUUCCAUUGUGGUUUCUGCUGCUAGCAAAGGCCCAACUACCUACCAGGUGAAGGAAGAUGUCCCUUUUGGGGCAUUCACCUUCUUUCCUCUCCCAAAAUAAUGUUAUACAGGGCCACACUGAGUUCACUUUUGUACCCAGGGUCUUCGUGCCUUGUCUCUACUCCCUGUCUUGGACCUGGGGAGCAGGGACAGAGUCCUAGGACUCUAUUUCUAUAGUUCUCUUGGGCAGCACCUGUGGGAAUGAAUGGGGAGAAAUAGCCUGGGCUGGGGGUUUAGGUCUGUCACCACACUCUCUUGCCUUCAGACUGUUCUGAAUUCUCUGAAGGGAAAGUAAGUGGGGGGGCUUUUGCAUCUAAAAAUGCUACUCUUUCACAGUAGGUUGAAAGAGAAGCCCUGGGAUUCUCCUCUCUCCAGGUACAGAGUCCUCAACUCCCUGUUCCAGCCUGAGAAUUCAAGUAGCUGCCCUGUUCUUUCCAUAAUGUUGUGUGAUCUGGGUGAAUUCAGCCCUUGACCUUCCUUUAACCCCUGCCUCUCCUCUCUUCUCUCUACUUUAAAUACCUCUUUAUUCCAACCCUUCUCUGAGCCCAAACUGUGACAAAGAAGGGCCCAUCCUGUUUCCCUUCAUCUAGUCCAUCCACCACCCUCACUGGCCCCCCCCAUCUCCCUGGCAAACAUAUAAUUACAGUGUCAGGUCUAGGAAAUGAAUUACUGUUCUUUCCCAGAUAAGUUUUGGCUUAUUUGAGACAUCUGAUUCCUUUGAAAACUGUUCAUUGAUUCAGGGAGGUAGCUUGGGAAAGGGGGGUGGGAUGCAGCCUGGGUCCUUUUUCCUGACUAAUAAAUAUUCUGAGUGAGG